AUGACAGACGGACGGUUGUCACGGAAACCACUUUCUUCGAGCUGAGUUUUGUCUGCUUCUGCUCCUGUUAUGAUGUUUCCAGCAACAAGUUAACUUCUGAAGUCGCUUCAUGUCGUGUUGACUGUAAAGUAUGAAGACUAAAGAGUCCUCACGGGGCUAACUGAUCCGGAACCCUCCGAGUGAGACCAGAACCGUCUCCUUGACGAUGGUGUAUCUCAGCUCCAUCAUGGAUUUGCAUGGACAUACUGAACUGGGAGACCUGGAGGACCGGCUGGCCUGUAAAGAGAAGGAGUGGAAGGAGCUCCAGGCUGCACGGGUUCAUCAGCUGGAGAGUUCCCUGAGGAAAGCCCAGGAGGAGUGCUGCUUGCUCAGAGAGCGCCAUCGGCAGAUGAAGGAAGAUUUCAAGUUCAACCUGGGCCUCCUGGACGAGCGAGACAGGGAGCUGGAGAGAUACGAUGUGGUCACUUCCAGAGCUCUGACGGCGGAGGACAAGAGGCAGGAGGAGGUGAAGCAGCUCCGUCUGCAGGUCAGCAGGCUGGAGGAGCAGAGGACCAGAGAGACGGAGCAGUGGCUGGAGGAGCUGAGUGAGAGUCAGCACAGUGCUGCUCAGUACAGACUGAAGCUGGAGGAGCUCAAGCUCUCCAUGGCUGGGGAAAUUCAGAAGCGAACAGAGGAGAAUGAGCGGAUGAAAUUGGAUUUGCAGUGCAGGAUACGUGAGGUGGAAGGAGAGCUGACUGAACAGAGACAGGAGAUGACUGCAGCUUUUGACUGUGAGCUCAAACAGCAAGAACACAAGUUCAACAUGAGGAUGGACGAGAUGCGCGCCAUAGUUCUGUCUCAUGAUCUCAGGGAGAAGCUGCUCUCUAAAGAGGUUGAAGUUCACAGUCAGGUUCAGCUACAGACUGGAGAAGCUCUAAAAGCCUCUCAGGAGCUCUGUCAACAGAUUCAGACUCAGCUGCAGCACAAAGAGCAGCAGAUCAGAGACCUCAGCUCAGUCCAGGACUGCAGGAUAAAGGAGAUUGAAGAGGAGCUAAAACUGAAGGAUACUAGAUUGAAGAAGGAGGAGGAAGACCACAUGAAGAAAUACGAGGAUGUGAUCCGGGCUCUGAGGGACUGUGAAACACAGCUGGAGGCUCAGCGUCAGGCUCACACGGACCAGCUGCAGAAGGCUGAGAAACACAUUGUCAAACUACAGGAGGACAUGAAGGUUCAGACUUCACAGGGACGCCAAGCGCAGAGAGAUCAGCAGCGGGCCAUGGAGCAGAAAGACGAGACAAUCAUCCGACAUCACACAGAGGUGGAAAGAAUCCGGACCGGCUGGGAGGAGUACGUCUCUCACGUCUCCAGUGAGAUGGUCGUCAAAGAUACCGAGAUGAUCGCACUGAAGGAGAGAGAAAUCAAGUUGAAGACUGAGCUGGAGAGAAGCAGGGAGGAGAUGGAGGGGUACAAGCAGCAGCUGAGCGCUGGUCUGCAGAGGGAGCGGGCUCUCGAGCAGAAGCGAGUCCAGGGGCAGCUGGAGUGGCAGAGACGCUGUGAGGACGUGAAGGCUGAACUCUACCUCGCCAACGAGCAGCUGAUACGAGACCUGACCCAGGCCAGAGACCAGGCUCAAGCAGAGCUAACAGAGAAAGAACAGGAGCUGCAGGACUUGACUGUCUUACUACGUUCUGUUAAAACAGAGAGGGACCAGGCUUUACAGGGUCUCACACCAAAGGUAGAUUAUCUGGCAUCAGAGGAGAUCCGUCGUCUUCAGGAGCAGAGCGGCGUUCUGAGGGCUGUGGUGAACCAGAUGAGGAAGGACAUGGAGUGUCUCAGCCACCUCCCUCUUCCUCUCCAUCCCCAGGCCCAGCCACAGACCUCCUCUCCUCAGCACCCCACUGACUCCAGUAACACUCAGGUGGACCCUGAACCACCAGCCAAGGUCCCCCCAGCAGGCUACUCUGAAGCUCUGGAGCAGGAAGUGUCCCUGCUGAAGGCUCGGUGCAGGCACCUCAAGGAGCAGCUAGAAGGCGCUACAGGGCAGCCCGGCCCUGCAGACAAACCCACAGAGGACCUGCCAUCUGUGGGCUCAGACAGUAGACAGCUACAGGGACCUGAGCAAGGUGGCAGCUGUCUGGAGAAAUGUGCCAACACCUCUGCUAUAGAGAAGCAGGGAGUCAGAGUGUCACACGGGGAGUCUGCUCUCAUCAGCAUCACGGCACAGAGUGCUCUGGUACAAAAGCUUCAAGAGGAGAACCUGCGUUUGCGUCAGCAGCAGCAGCAGACCUCAGCCCUGAUGUCUGGUGGUCUGUUUGAUAAAAGAGACCCUGCUCACUUACACAGCAGACUGAAGCAGGCAGCGCUGUGCAUCACCCGUCUGAGCACGGAGAGGCAGCAGCUGAUAAAGAUGGGAAACCGCCUCCGUGCCCAGAUCACCACCGCUGGACUACAGGAAUCAGCAGAGCCACAGAGAGACUCCUCUGCAGAGACACAAGGAGACCAACAAGGCCGACUGUGUGCUCUGGAACAGCUUCAGUACCAGCUCACCACACAGGAGCUGCAGUACGCGCUGAGGCUGAGAGAUCAUUCUGUUUCUGAACAACCAGUCCCUGUAGCCAAAAGCCGAGGUCCUGCAGUGGAGGGGGCUACCAACCCAUGGACCCAGGGACACAAAACCCCGGACAGGCCUGAGCCUCUCUCAGGUUUAUCCCGGUCUCUGUUGUCAUCAGAGGAGUCACUGCGGUCACUCAAAGAACUGUGGGAAAAACUGGACCAGGGACUCAGUCCAUCUACUUUCUCGGAAGGUGAACUGAGCAGGAGGGAGGGGGCUGAAGGUGGUGCUGGAGGCCAGAUGACGAUGCAGGGUGUCAGUGCUCCCAUCCAUAGCCUGCCUCUAGCUGAGGGCAAGCAGAAGAGGAAUACCUCUGCAGCUCCAUCCAACAUAAACAAGACCAGACCGAAACCUGGAGCCCCUGGAGGGACCGGCAAGAUCAGGAAUUACAACAUGAAAGACUGAACUACACACAUGCUGACAAUCCAUCAGUAUCCAUCAAUAUUGGAGAUGUUUAAAUGAUUUUAUCUCAGAUCAGAAAAAAAUCAGCUCUAUCAGUUUCCCUCCGACUCUUAAGAUCUGUGAUGAUGUCAUUCUGCUGUUUAAUGUUGUAAUAUGUGUAAACAUUGGAAAUAUGACAAA